AUGUCAUCUAGAUUACUAUUUCGUUUUGCUGCCAAUCAUCGUCAAUCAUUAGGGCUUUUGAAAAAUGUCCAAUUAGCGUUUAAACGCUCAUCAGCAACAGUUCCACUCAAAACACCGCUACCACCACUAUCGAACGGUGCAAAACAACGUAUUGGCCUAUGGCUUGCUUGUUCAGCAGGUAUGACUGCUGGUGCUGUUGCUCUUGGCGGUAUAACACGUUUAACUGAAAGUGGUUUAUCAAUGACAAAUUGGCAUUGGCUUAAUGACAUGAACCCACCACGUACAGCUGAAGCAUGGCAAGAAGAAUUCGAGCGUUAUAAACGUUUUCCUGAAUUUGAACAAAUGAAUCGUGAAAUGACAUUACAUGAAUUUAAAAAAAUUUACUACAUGGAAUUUGCACAUCGUAUGUGGGGCCGUGCUACAGGACUUAUAUUCAUUGUCCCUGCAUUCAUGUUUUGGCGACGUGGAUUAUUUGACAAAGGGAUGAAAAUACGCGUUUUAAUUUUUGGUAGCUUAAUUGCAGCACAGGGUGCAUUAGGUUGGUAUAUGGUUAAAUCAGGUUUACAUAAAGAAACAUUAAUCGAUGGACGUGCAAGUGUUUCUCCAUAUAGAUUAGCUGCACAUCUUGGUACAGCAUUUAUUCUUUAUUCAGGUCUUUUAUGGAAUUCGUUUAAAUAUUUAACUAAGCCGGAUGUUUACGCUUCUACCCGUGUUCCACGUGGCUGGGCAAUAGGUGUUCAUGGUUUACUAACUCUUACGUUUCUAACUGUAGUAGCUGGUGCAUUUGUUGCCGGUUUAGAUGCUGGUCUAGUCUAUCCAACUUUUCCAAAAAUGGGUGACUAUUGGAUACCACCAGAAUAUUCAACAUUAACACCAUGGUACAGAAAUAUUUUUGAGAAUCCUGUAGCUGUCCAAUUUAAUCAUCGUGUUCUUGGUCUAACAACAACAGCAGCUGUAUUAACUUUUUCAUUAGCUUCUCUUUCAGUUAAAUUCGGUCGACGUGCAGCAGUAGCUAGAAAUUUACUUGCAGCAAUGGUUAUUGUACAAACAUCAUUAGGUAUCGGAACACUUUUAUAUCAUGUACCUAUUUCGAUGGCAGCAGCGCAUCAAAGUGGUUCACUUGCUUUACUUUCAUUUGCGCUAUGGUUAGCUUUUAAUUUAAAACGUGUUCCAAAAAUAUGA